CCGUAUAAAUCAUUCGUCAUAGUAAUCAGCUGUCAUUUAACACAAAUAUUUAUUUUCCUUGUGGUAAUUUCCUCGUAGCAGAUUUAUUCAUAAAUCAUUGUAUUUAAGGAGUAAUUUUAAAUAAAAAUGACGAGCCAAUCCACAGGGAUACAACAACUUCUAGCUGCCGAGAAGAAAGCAGCAGAAAAGGUUACCGAAGCUAGGAAACGCAAGGCAAAGCGAUUGAAGCAAGCGAAAGACGAGGCGGUUGAGGAGAUUGAAAAAUAUCGUGCAGAGCGCGAACGUCUAUUGAAGGAAUAUGAAGCGAAGUACAUGGGCUCACGAGAAGGAGUUGCUUUAAAAAUUGACCUGGAUACCCAGAAUAAAAUGGAAGAACUAAAAAAGGCGGUGGAGAAUCGGAAGGAUUUAUUAAUCGGUGAUCUUUUAGAUCUAGUUUACAACAUCAAAUCGGACGUCCAUAGGAAUUAUUCCAAGAAAUAAGAGCCAUGAAAUGGUUAACCCAAUGAUAUUUUAUGUUUGAUGAAAAUUUCAGUCGGAAGACACACGUUGUGCAUGUGCGAAUUUAAUAGUAAACUUUAUAUGUAGUCCUAUUGUUUUGAAUUAAAUACUCGAAUGCUUUAAUUUUAA